AUGGAUGCAUUCAAUACAGCUGCCUUAUGUUGCGAAGUCAUCUGGAAGACUGUGGAAGCCGCCGCCGCGUUCGGGAGGGAGUCUCAAUCACUGGUCGCUCGUUUCAAGUACGAUGCCCGCAUUCUUCAGCACUUUCACGACUACUUCUCACAGCAACGAGCCACGGUCCUCGGAUUAAGCCCAGAGGAUGAACAGAUCCUAGAGGACAGCAUUUCUUACCUCGGGCCGCUGUUGAAGCGCGCGGAAUUGUGCAAGACCAAGCUUGAGGCUCAGAGUCGCUGGUCCAGGGAAUUCAGCAGGCUUACUUGGUCUCUGCGGCGAAAUGAAGUGCAAGAACUUGAAAAGGAGCUUUAUGAAUGGGCGAGGAGACUCGAUCUCCGGUUAAUUGCGCUACCUGAACGGGCGCGAGCUGUAAUGCUUGUGGGGGAGUCACAGGAGACAAUGACCCCAAACGUGGCCACCAGGACGCGGAUCGAGCGGUUUGCAGCGAAAGCUGCUUCUGCAAAGAAGGCCGUUUGGGGUCCCCUUCUAGUGACACCUGAUCAGGUCCAGACUAUGGGCCGCCGGCAAGAGUCGCGUUUCUCUUUAGGGCUUCUCCACGGGCGAAACAUCCUACUGGAAUUCCGGUCGCAAAUGGAACAUCUAGACGCCAUUUCCUUGGAACGUCAAAAGGCCGAGCUGGGUGAAUUCGUGGCAGCGCUCAAUUAUCUGGACUCAACAACCACCGGCCUCUUGCGGUGCCUGGGGUUUUAUUAUAACUCGAAACCCUCGCCACAUUUUGGUCUUCUGUACCAAUUGCCUAUCGACCGUGAUGAGAACUUCAUAUCCUUCAAAGAGCUUCUGGAUCUCCGUGACCCACAUGGGCGGCGGAUGAAGCUCAAGUAUUCCCUCAAUGAACGGCUGGAAUUUGCGCGAAAAUUAGCCACUGCCAUCUUCUUCGUUCACUCUCUAGGUUGGGUUCACAAGGCAAUUCGGUCUCAGAAUAUUGUUCUUUUGGGAAAGUACCCUGCAAGGGAGCAACCAGAUGAUGGGCGAGUCCCGAUGAAAUGGACCCUCGGAUCUCCUGCCCUGGUAGGAUUUGAGAUGGCCCGUACAAGCGAGGGUGACACUGAUCCUGGCCGCCGUAGGCGUAUGCCGUUAGAGAUAGGGGUUUAUGUACAUCCUGACCUGCAGCAGCCCUCCGCUCAUGUACGGCACAGUAUGUGUCAUGAUAUCUAUAGUCUUGGUGUCAUUCUACUGGAGGUGGGUAUAUGGUCCAGUGUGGAGAAACUGCCACUGCUUCACCCAGACAUGAAUCCCACGGAAAUCAGUCAGGCGCUACGAAAGGUAGCUCGUGAGACGGAGUUAAUGAUGGGGCGGCGGUACCGCCAGACCGUUGAAUGGUGUUUGAAUCAAGAGCACGUUGAAGAUACUGGGAGCGUUAGAUUGAUAUCCGAGGUACUCGAGAAACUGGAAGACCUUGCAGAAUCAGAUGUUUUGGUUCCAACUUUUGAUAGUGGUUGUUUCAUUGUCAUCGCUCCUUGGAAGAUGGAGGCUCUCAACCGACUACGUACAAGGUUAGACAAAAACCGCACGCCGAUCGCCCAUGGUGUUGAGCCAAAACCCUUCAAUGCCACAGCUGCCCCUCAACCCCGCACCGAGCCAAGUACUUCAAGUAACCCCAAAUGUUCACCGUCAAAUCUUGUCUCGAGACGUUCACAAUCAUGGCCGGUGGAGUUAGAAACACCACGGUCUCAUCUCAAGGUACUCGUCUACUGCGUUAGCUUGGGCCAGCUGAGAUCUAGAACUUCGGGGUUACCGCAGCGAGACCUGAGCUGCUGGACCUUCAUUUCAUAUGGUCUAGCCAAUGUUGCCGGGGGUGAACUUGUUAUGACCCUUCUAAGACGAGAUUCUGAAGGCCCUACUGCAUAUCCUUUAGAUUUUUUGCGCAUCUGCGACCGGUUUUACGGAGAAGCUCAGCGACAUUACAAACAGCUUCGUCGUUGGCAGGUACUAGAACUUGAAGAACCCCUGUUUGAUCGCGAAGACUUUCACACAGUCAUUCUGGGCUUUCAAAAUACGGCACUUGUGGGAAUGGAGAUUCUGGAGGCCGAAAAGGUCAUUAAACCAUAUUUUCAUGUUCUUCUUUUAACGGAUGAAGAGGCUGCUGUUGCCGAUAAACACGGCAUGAUGCGCGCAUUUAUCGCUCGCCUGGGCUCAUCCCCUUUCUUUCCCCGUCCACAAUUCGUGGAUCGGGAUAGAAAAUCGGGCAGCAGCCUGUCCAAUAUGAAGGGAAGUUCGUCAGUACGCACAUCUUCAAAUCAGUUGGCAAUAAAGGGGCUCAAUGUGCUUCAGGAGGGGAUGGACAUUUACCUGCUUGUGCCACCUGGUCAGGCCGAAGACUUCAAAGCCUCAAUCCCAUUUAGGAGCACUGUGGGUCAGAUUCCGCUGCGAAUUGAGUCAGAAAUGCAUGAGGCAUGUGACAGUGUCUACUAUUGGGAAAAGCCAAAUGAUUCUCCUACGCAGCGGCUAUGUGCUGGACCUCUAGCCAGCCAACUAACUGCAAUGAACUUUCUCAAUAUUUGUCCAAACCAGUCCGCGCCUGCGAUUACGCCAGUGGAGGAUGGUUGUUUAGGUAAGUACUUGAUAACUACCUAA